GACAAUUAAACUCUUGCCAUACGAGUCUAAACGCGUCUGCACACCAAAUUCGUCAGUACACGUUACGCCUAAAAGAGUAUUUAACUGUUAGGCCUACUUUAUCCCGCUGUCUUACUAUGUACCGUUUUUGAAAUUAAAUGCUGAGGUACUGAAGUAUCAUUUACUCUUUGGAAGACGGACAGUCAAGCCUAUAACUGAAGUUGGAGUUUGACUCCAGUCGAGUGUUGAUUUUUUUUGGAUUAAACACAGUCCGGUCAAAGCUCUACUGCUCGUUGUCCAUACUGCUUACUUUGACCGAAUUGAAUCGGCGAGAUUUCAGACAGCAGGAUCUAACUGUACCGGACAGAGACAUGUGGAAAUGGGUUUCUCAUGAACUCUUGGGUCUUUAUGUGCAUUUUAAGAUCCGGACCAGGCUAUAAGUGUGGAUUUGGGAUUGAACCUCGACCAUGGGCUCUCUAAAAGCUUUGCAGGACUGGUGCAGGAACCAGUGUGAAAGUUACAAUGAUGUGAACAUUACAAACAUGUCUUCAUCCUUCAGAGAUGGACUGGCCUUCUGUGCCAUCAUCCACAGACACAGACCUGAUCUCAUAGAUUUUGACUCCCUCUCAAAAGAAAAUGUCUUUGAAAACAACCGUUUGGCAUUUGAGGUUGCUGAGAGUGAGUUGGGUAUUCCAGCCCUGUUGGAUCCGGAAGACAUGGUGUCCAUGAGAGUGCCUGACAGAUUAAGCAUCAUUACCUAUGUAUCUCAGUAUUAUAACUACUUCACCAACAAAUCUCAAACAGUCCCCCCAUGCAUAAAGAUCCCUGGUGGUCCUGGCCACAUUAAACCAGCCAUAAAGAGACCAUUUGCUCCACUAGAGGACCGUGACGCUCAGACUGAGUCGGGUGCAGAUAGCCAAUCAAAACGCAGUACUCUGAGCAGCACCUGUUCAGUAUGUGGAAAGCAUGUUCACCUGGUUCAGAGGAUCCUCAUUGAUGGCAAACUUUAUCAUCGGAACUGCUUCAGAUGUAGGGAAUGCAGCAGAACUUUACUGCCUGGAUCUUACAAGUUCACAGAGGAUCCUGGAUCAUUAGUUUGCACACACCACUUCACCAGAUCUGUCUCCAACAAUAAGAAUGGUCAUUCAGAUAUGAGUAAUCGACUAGUCACAUUAACCUCAACAAGCCCAAAAGAUACACACAGUAAAAGUUUAGAAUCUAAAGCAUCACACAGCGAUGUUGAGAUCACCCAAGAGAGAAAAGAAAAGGAAAUAAGUGAAAUAGAAGAAGCAGUAAGAGAGGAGUCAGAUAGCAGUUCAAAUGUCGAGACAGAGCACAGAGAACCGCGUUCUUCUAGUCCACCAAAUCCUUUUGAUGAAUCUGAAGAGGAGGAUCAAGACACCCAAAAAGAAGACCAAAAGCUAGCCGAUAAUGUGGCAAAUGGCGACAGGCCAACAACCAAAGUGAAGGGUACAGCAGCAGAGGGUCGACCAGUACCAGCGCCUAGAAGGGUAUUUGAGGCCACCCCUGCCCCUCGCCCUGUCCCGAGGCAACGCCCACCCAGACCCUCUGAAAAUCCUACUGUCAGUGAAGCUGCUGACAUUCAAAUUUCUCAAGUUCCUGUGCCAAGAGAAAGAUUGCACUCACCUGUCCGCUCUAGCAAGGCGAGUGACACUCCUAAACCAAAAGACCCACCCUGGCUGGCACUGGUGCAGUCAGAAACAAAGAAGAAACCAGCACCUCGCCCACCCACAGGUAUAGCCCCUCCCUGCACUGGUUCAUCUCCUUCCCUAAAAGAGGAGGGAUCAAGACCAUCCACUCCUCCAAAUCCCUUUGAAGAUGAGAAGGAAGAGGAGCCAGAAACAGGUCUUGAAGAUCCCCCUGGUCCUGUAGUGGCUAGUCAUCCCUGGUAUAGCAUCACUCAGGCUGCUGAAGUCGCAGGUGGGAACACAAGAAGACAAAGUCCCGCCCCUUCAGAAAGUCCUGUUAGUGUCAGAAGAAAGAAGAGACCAGCACCCAAAGCUCCAAAUUCUUCUACUUCAGCUUUUCCUUCAUCUCAGACUUCCUCUCCUGCUUCUUCUCUAGCUCUGAGCACAGAGAGCCUUUCCUCCUCUUCCUCAGACUACAGUGCAGUCCCCCAGCAACCUGCUGCUAACGAACAGGACCAUUUGUUCACCAAGAGUGUGUCUGAACCAUCAAUCAACACUCCUACUUCUGCCCUGUCCCCAACAACUGAGCUUCAGCCUCACUGUUCUCCAAACCUGUCUCCUCCACCACCACCUACCAAUACCAGCUCAGCACCCGCCACCCCACAAACCAAUCGCAGCAUGAGAACACCUCCAUCCUGCCUCUCUGCAGGACUAAAACUUUCACCCUCUUCACAGACACCCAGCACUCCAGGCAAGCGCACUUGUAAAGAGAAUCCAUUUAAUCGGAAGACGACCACCUCUGUCAGCUCUUUUGUACCCAGACCCCCGAGAGGGCCACGUCCUGCAAGACCUCCUGCUCCUGGACAUGGAUUUCCUCUCAUUAAACGCAAAGUUCAGUCAGACCAAUAUAUCCCAGUAGAAGAUAUCCAUGUUGAGAUGAGUGAUCUGGAGAAACGGUUGGAUGAACUGGAGCAGAGAGGGGUGGAUCUGGAGAAGAGCUUACGAGAAUGUUCAAAUGAUGAUGAGGAGGAACAUCUACUUGUUGACUGGUUCACUUUGAUUCAUGAGAAGCACUUACUGGUACGGAGAGAGGCUGAGCUGGUCUACACAGCUAAGCAGCAGAACCUGGAAGAGAGGCAGGCCGAUGUGGAAUAUGAGCUUAGAUGCUUACUUAACAAGCCAGAGAAAGAAUGGACGGAAGAAGACAAAGACAGGGAAAAGCAAUUGAUGGCAGAACUUGUCACUAUAAUUGAGCAGAGGAACCAGAUUGUUAACAACAUGGAUAUGGACAGACAGAGGGAAGAGGAGGAAGACAAACUAGUUGCUGCUAUGCUAAAGAAAAAAGAGUUUCAUGGACAGGGUGAGCAGAAGAAGAAAGCAGGGAAAUUUAAGCCCAUGAAGGUUUUGAAACGACUGAGCACCAAGAAUGAAGGAGUAAAGGACAUCAGUCCCCGGAAAGAGAACAGUUGAAGGAUGGACUGACCGACUGACUGAGAGAGUAUCUAAAAGAUUUAUUAAAUGUAAAAGAUUUACUUAUGUCUAAUUAAUGUUAAAUUUAUGUUAAUGUUAAAUUUGCCUUUGAGGUAGUAGCAGCUGAACUGAUAUACUGCACUACUGCGUAUUUAAGAGUAAAAACUUAACAAGUUUUUGACUUAAAAAAAAAAUCUCCUGAAAGGCUCAGCCACUAUAUAAUCUUAUUAUAUUAUCUGUACAAUUUGCAGUAACAGAAAACUGAUACUGAAUGUGAUUGAGAAAAUAUUGAGAGUCCAAAAUAACACAUAAUUCACAGUUUCACACAUAAUACCUUUCUUUUAAACUCAUUGUAACAGUCAGAGGAAACUCAACAGUUUUUAAUCCUAAUUUAAUCAGGUUCUCUGAGUUUUUAUGUAUUUCUAAUUUGCAUAGAGGUACUGCUACUUGUAUUUAUGUGCACAAUGAAGAGUGAAAAAAAAACUGUAGUUGUGAAAAUUUUCAGGCCCAAUCCAGCCCUUUCAUCAAUUAUUAUAGAAGUAUUGCUGAGUUGAAAGCAGAAAUGAAUUACUAAUCUUUCAGUUUAUAAUAGUGCUGGGGAAAAUUAUAUUAUGAUUUUGUGAUCAGUGCUUAAACAACAAAUUACAUGAAUUAAAUCCAGAUGUUGGAACAAAACAUAUAUUCCCUUUUAAUAAUCGCUGGGAUCAAGUUGUUUAUACAAGAUGCCAGAUAGGACACUCAAGACUAGCACAUACAUUUUUACUUUCAUAAGAAAAUUAUCCAAAGUGUCCAUCUUGCCUGAAUCCACUGUCCAUUAAACAUAUUUUACUGGACUGUAA